GCUGCUAUGACAUUAUCGAUCAGGUAUGUCAUAACGUUCUCAUUAUCUCGGCUUGUGGUUCAUUGGGCACUUCCCACACUGAGUCAUUUCCAGCUGCAGUCUGCAGGCCUGAUUGCCGUAUCCGUGGUUUAUAUAUGCACGUUGGUAUCAUUCUUCCGUUCCUUGCCAUACCAACACUACCAUAGCCUUGCUGUAGCCUUGAAUGUAGGUGGAAGCGCUUUUUGGAUGAUUAUCUUGGGUCCUUUCCUGGAUACACAGCUUUCAUCAUAAAUAGAAACCAGUUGUCUCUGUCUGGGCACUGGUAGAGGCCGAACAAACAGCCCGCGCUUACGCAGGUUGUCGACCUCCACGUUACUUCGUUGCAAGACAUGUCGGACGCCGUCUCCAUCAGAUCCAUACGCAGUGCACCUCCAAGUUACGACACCGCACUUCUUCAACGGUUGACUCUAGAUGAAGAAGAAGUAGAAGAACCCCCCAGAGUUGUAACUGAAGCAUCAUUGGUGGUGUUAGCUCCACCGACCAAUGUAUCAACUGAUACGCUCGUUGAUCCCACGACAAG